AUGACUGUCUACUCGAUGCCUUCGAGCUACCCCUUUCCGGAUCAGCAGGCGGGUCGCUUGCACAGCAACAUCUUUCGUCCACCGAACACUCAUGGACUGUCGCAUGUCGACGCUAUGGCUUUCGCAGCCACGCCCUUACAAGACAAGCCCGCCUUGACAAGGAAACGAUCGCGCGCAAACUCCAACAAGGCAAACACUUCAGCUUCCUACAAUCACGCAGCCAAAUAUGAUUACUCUACUCAAGCCAUGAGCCCAGCUCCUCUUGCGAAUGAACACUACACACUGGACUACAAGUUCGACACACCCACACUUGCAGCUGCUUCACGACACGACGAUCUGACUGGAGAGAGGGACUUCCGCUGGAAAUGGGAUUCUGAUCAAUCGCCUGACCAAGACACUGCACAUGUCCCGGGCUUGUUGGCUAGGGAGAGGAACGGAAAAGGCAGGACUGUCAGCUACACCAGCAUGGCCAGCACUAGCGACACAUCAGACACCAGAGGAUGGGGAGGCUUUGCUAUGAAGUUCGUAGGAGGUGUCGUAGGCAAAGUCUGGCACUUUUGUCGCGCGAAUGCUUUCGCUGGCUUCUAUGCUGGUUCUGGACGAGGCUAUGACUUUGCGCAACCCACCCAACUUCCUACUCCACUGCCUGGACAGUACCCAACAAGCGACUUCUUUGGCGAUUUUGAGCAGGACAACACCCCCGAACGCUCACUCAAGCGACAGCAGACCGAAUCCGGCUGGGUCAUGGUAGACGCACCUCGUCCAUCCAACAACCGCAACAUAUCCACAGACGAGUUUACACAUCUCGGCGCCACAAGAGCAAGCAACCGUCGUGCCCUCAGCUCAGUCACCCGCCGCGCCCCUUCACGUCAAACCUCCUACACCGGCUCCCCACAAGCCCAACAAUCCCGCCUCGACGUCUUUAGCCAAGCCUUCGCAGACCGCUCUGCUUCCACCGCAUCUACAGCAAGCACUCGGCCCACCGCAUCCUCACGCCCGGCAAUCAUCGCACACCGCUCUCCGGUCACCACGCCCAUCCGCACGACCUUUGGCUCCGACCGUCGCUCCAGCCUCACUGGCUUCAAUCCCGACCGUCGCUCCAGUAUCGCCAGUGCAAGUGCAAGUGCAAGUGGAAAUGACAAUCUCAGUCCUGAUGCUCAGCGCUUUCUUCAUCGUAUAGAAAAGCAAGACCGCAAUACUGAUAAAAGUAUGCGUAAACUCGAUCGACAGAUUCAGGACUUGAUCAGGCAAGGGCAGCAAGCGCUUGGUACGAAGUUCGAGGUUGAGAGUGAUGAUUGUGAUAGUGGGUUUAAUGAUGACGGGGAUGAUUGGGAGGAUGCGAGGAGAUGA